AUGAUCGCCGCUGCUCGUAAAUGCGGCUGCCCGGAUUUAGACAACAAGCCCAGUCCUUGCGACGAUUCCAUUUUCAGCGGAGAUAGCGAAAAUGUAGAUUGCCAAGAUCUAUCCAAUGAAAAGGACGACUGCGGCUGCGACGGCGACGACGGCUGCUCCACCGACCAGCCCGAGUCCAAGGUCGUGUCCGAGAUAGCCGACAAGGGUCUUCCCUACAAGGAGAUCGAGACGCUGUUCAACAACAAUCGCAUGGUCAUACGCAUACAGUCGCUCAAGCCGCCCAAGGAGUUCGAUCCACCCUGCGACUGCUCCGAAAACGAGGACAACGUCAGCAAAGCCGAUUCCUUGAGUGGACGGCGCAGCGACGUCAUUUUUCAAAAAGCCGAGGGCUGCCGAACGAUCAAUGUUUAUCCGCAGCCGGGCCCAAAAAAGGAGCGCAUCGAUACGAGCAAGAAGUCCGCAGCGAAGAGUCCCAUCGAGCUGCCGAGCGUCAAUCUCGAGGAGAAUCCCAAUAUCUUCGUGCUGAAGAUCAAGCGCAAGGUCGACAACGGCGAGAAGAAGCAGAAUCUCGAUCUCGAGUAUCGCAGCCCUCGGCCCUGGCGCAAGAAGGAUUAUUUCAAAUGA